AUGCUCCUCCAGCGCGCGCGCGCCGAGAUCGUCGCGAAGGAGGACUCCGCCGCGGAUCUCUGGCGCUCCCGCGUGGCUUUGGAGCGAGCGACGCAGGCGCGCCUGGCGAAGGAGCGCGAACUUCGCCUUUUCAUCCUCGACUCGAAGCUCGCCAGCGCGGCGGAGAUGCAGUCGCUCGAGGAGGCGAAACUCCGCGCGGAGCGCGAACGCCGCGAGCGCUGCGUCGACAGCCUCAUGGCGGAGCAGGCGUGGGUCUUGGGGAAGCGGCUGUCGGACGACGAGCUCGCGCGGAUGGAAAGCACCGCGGAGGCGCGAAUGAGCGCCGCCCUGGAGAGGCUUGUCAGCUCAGAUUGUACCGAUUUACCCACGCUUGCCAUCCACACCGCGGGGACGGGGUGGAAUGAGCUGGAAGCCCCAUCUGUCGGGGAAAUUCCACCACCCCUCUCCGCAUCGCUUUCCUUCCCGGAUACGGUGGAGGCCGAAGUGAGAGGAAGCCCUGACCGGCAACCUUGCCAUGAGGCAAAAUCGCACGAAGCGGAGGCGCGACCGCAGCUUUCCUAUUAUAAUUCAGCGGAAUUGUCCUCUAUGGAAAUGCCUCAACGCGUGAUAGCUGCGAAUUUUAUCACGAACAAGAAAUCCAUGACCUCGGACACAACUUGUGGUCUUUCCGGAGCUGCAUCCAGCGGUCUUGAUUUCACUCUUUCCACAAGGGACAUCGCAGGCGUUCCGCAGAGUACGCGUUCGGAUUUAUUUCAGAAGUCCGAAGGUAUCUAUGUCACUCAACAGGAACCUGUGGAAAGUGGAUUAGCAAUGCCUAAGAAACUGAUCCCGCGGUCUUCCCCCACUUUACCUCUCAAUUCUCGAGCCAUCAACACCGCACUCCCCAAGCCGAAAGUUUCGUAUGAAUCCUCGAUUGCGAAAAAUGCGGAAUCCACAACGAAUAAAAUCACUUCGCCCGUGAUAUCCUCGUCUUUGCCAACGCAACAACGCCAUUUGGAGGCUUUCAAACCUUUUAGUGCGUGGUGUGAGAAUCGAUCGAAAGACAAAAUCGGACACUCAACCUCGGAUACCUCCGAAUCGCUUUACAACUCCACACAGCAGCGCUAUUUGGCAAUUCAGCGCCGAGCGUUAGGGGCAGGGAAAAAAGUCGGCUUUGCGAGCGGACGAGGGGCUGACGAUUCCAUCCGACCACCGCGUUCUCCUUUUACCCAUUCCAAACCGACUACAUCCCAACCGGAUAAAAAACCGGCAUCUUCCCUUCCGUAUCGCCCCAAACUUUACGAUAACAUGCCGCGAUCCGCCUCACUUCCGGAUCACUCUGCGCAUCCCCCCCAUCGGCAUGGGAUUUCCCCCUCAACCGAGCGAUUGCGCGCGUUUUAUGCGAAUCACCGUUUGGAUCCCUCCGGGUUGACUGCCUCGUGGAGUGAUAUUUCGACCUCUUCGACUUCAAUUUCGCCUUUUACCAAUACCAUGACGAUGGCCUCCUCCACUUUUUCGGGCGGCCAGGGGGAUCCCACGUUGGCGAAAUCCCCCCUUCCCGUGCGCACAACCUCGGCGCGCGCCCAAUCCAUCGCGGCGGCCUCCUAUCCCAGCGAAAGUACGGGAAAAGUGGAAACAAUUCCGGAUCCCAGCGAUGAGGUGGAGGAUGAAAUUCCGCAAAAGGCGCACAGCAUUCCAGAAUGCUCGGCGUCCAUUUUUUCCUCCAAGUUGGAUGCGGCCUCCGCGGCGUCGAUUAUAGAUUAUCCUCAUCGGGACAGUUAUUAUUAUUUACCACCUCAACCUCAUGGGGGCAUCCCAACCAAACGUUAG